AUGAAGCUGACACGAUUCUCAGCCAUUUCGUUGCUGGCCACGUCUGCUAUUGCUCGCACAGGAAAAGAACCAGUUGGUCAUACAUGGCACCCAGCGGGACCCUUUGAUAGUCGUUCUCCUUGCCCUGGACUCAAUGCACUAGCUAAUCAUGAUUGGCUUCCUCAUGACGGCAAGAACAUUGAUCUGGAAGCCAUUCAGUUCGCGGCUGGCGCUGUCUACAACUUUGACCGUGAUGUUCUGGUCAGCGCCGUCCAGAGCGUGUAUGACUUCAACCUUUCCACCACUGGUAACUCUUCUACUUUCGAUCUUGGAGACUUGGCCAGACACGACACAAUCGAGAUGGACGGCUCUUUGUCGAGGAACGACAUCUACUUCGGAGACGAUCUGCAUUUUGACCCUGUCGUCUGGGCCUUCACUGCGGACAAGCUUGGUCUUUACGACCUUACAGACGAGAACGGUAUAUACGUGACCAUCGAGAGCGCAGCCAAAGCCCGUGCGGCACGUGUUGCAGAAGCGAUGAGAGUCAACCCAACUUUCAACGCUUCUCAGGCCCAAAUGAUUGGAUCGCCAGGAACUACUGCUCUGUACUUGCGUGUACUAUGGGAUUCUUCCGUGAAUGCUACACACAAGGAUUGGGUCGAGGCUUUUUUCGAAGAGGAACGCUUGCCGUAUCGGGAGGGAUAUGAGAAGCCUGAGGAGGUAACCACCGGCCAGAGCCUUGGGGCCUUGGUCGAAGCGGUCAUUAAUGUGGUUGUUUGA